AUGUCGAGACCUGGGCUUCAAGGACCCACGGUUUCCAUCACCAACGGCGCCGCUCAUCACGCCCAACACCACUGGCUGCCUUCAUCGUCACAUCUCAAGUCUUUCCACCAUCGCGACGAUUCUCCCGCACGUUCAAACACCAUUACUCCCAAUCAUUUGCGCGAAGAUGCCACAAUGGCAGAACCGACCGCCGUACAAUCUGAGGGAGACAACGCGGAGGAGGAGCAUCAGAAGGCCCUCUUCCAGGACCUAUACCGGCGCAGUGAGGCGCGCAUCGCUGCAAUCUUCGGCGGAGGAGAAUAUAUAGCCAGCGAGUCUGUGGAAGAUGCAGCCGCGGCGGACGAGGACCAAUUGGCGGAGCAGUUAGGUGUUGUUGAACCUCCAAAGCAGGAAGCUCCCAAGAAGGCCGCGCGGGUGAUUGACGAGGACAACUAUGAUGAUGACGAUGAGGACGAAGACGAAGAAGACCUGCCAAUCUCCGCUGUCAAAAACAAGAACGCUAAUGCAUUGAUGUCGCCUUCGAAAUCCGGGAGCUCGCCUGUCUCUUCGGACAUAUCUCCUGUCAAGUCUAACGUUGAGUCAAAGGCAGAUGGAUCGCGGGAUCAACCCAAGUCCUCGGAAGAUGCGCGGAAGCAGCUGGAGGAACAGAAAAAAGCUACGGAGGAGGCAGCAAAGCGCAGCUUCCAUACUAUGUUCUAUACGUUGGAAAACGACCGGGUAGCUAUGUUGGAACAGCAAAAGCUUGAGGAGGCGGAAAAGCAGAUUAAUGCAGAGAUGGACAACAAUGGAAACGAGCCCAACACAAGUGGCACCAAUGGCGAACACCAUGGUACUCUAAGUAGUGCCAACCUUGGCGCGUCAAGUUUGACAUUAAAGCAUCUCAUCGCCCGGAUCGAUCUCAAGCGCGACCUGGUCGCGGCCUCCGACGCUGAAUUGCGAGCCUUGAUGAAUGAGGUUCGUAAAAAUCGAAGUAAAUGGGCAAGCGAAGAAAACGUAAACCAGGAAGAGUUAUACGAGGCAGCUGAGAAGGUCUUGAGCGAGCUCAAAGCUAUGACCGAGUAUUCGGCACCGUUCUUAACGAGAGUAAAUAAAAGAGAGGCACCCGACUAUUACAACAUAAUCAAAAAUCCCAUGGACCUUGGUAGCAUGACCAAGAAGUUGAAGUCACUCGGCUAUAAGUCUAAGGCUGAGUUUGUGUCUGAUUUGGAUCUCAUAUGGUCAAAUUGCCUCAAGUAUAAUGCUGAAAUGACGCAUCCAUUAAGACGCAAUGCGAAUGCGAUGAGGAAAGAAGCUGAGAAAUUGGUCCCGCUCAUUCCUGAUCUUGUUGUAAGACCUAGAGCAGAAGUCGAAGCAGAGGAAAGGCGAAAGCAGAAUGGCGGCGACGAUGAAGCGGUUGAUGACAGUGAUGACGAGCCGAUCAUGUCAUCAAGAGGUCGCAAAGCUGGUGUCAAGGGAUCAACAAAGGCCAGGAAAUCAAUUCGGGACGAGGGAACCCCUGGAGUUGACCAGAAGCCGUCACUCCAAGUCAAUGGCGUAUUAAGCAGUCUCCAGCAUGAAGGCUCGGAAGCAGGGUUUGAUGGCAGCAACGGAUUUGCUACCCCGCCGAUUGGUUCCAUUACACCAGGAGGCAUGAAUGGCGUACCGGGCCUUGGUAGUCAGGCUGAUGGCAUGGACGUAGAUGGGCCUUCAGUCAACGGACUUUCCCUGGGCCAAGCACUGGGAGCCGCUGCCGACAACCUACGAGAAGAUGAAGAAUAUAAGACCUGGAAGCAAGUGACAAAGAAGGACCGAGCACUUGUGGCUAAGGAGAGACAUCGACUGUUUAAGGGCGACAAACUUAACCCAGAGGAGCCUGCCCUGAUAAGAACUAAAGCUGGCAUGAGGAGGUGGCUUCGACAACAAAAGCAGGCUCAUGGUGAUGUCUCUCGAGCCGAGGCAAUUGGUAAAGAUGGCAAAGACGCAGCACCCCAAGCUGCUGAGACUCUUGCAGAAGGUAUGGAAGGCGAAGAAGAAAAGAUGCUACCUGAUUAUUACGAACCCUUGUCAGCAAUCCCAGAUAUCCCACUCAGAAACCAAUGGAUUGAAGAUUCAGAAGGGCACGUGAUAGACCAGAACUCUGAAUUUCUUCGUUUGGUCCCAGCUGGCCAUUUUACAGCACCAAAGAGCUUCCUGGCCAGCAAAAUCGGGGCCAACAUGAGGCAAAUGCAGGAGACGAGGAAACUUUGCUCGAAGAUUAGCGUCAUAAAGCAGAUGCAGAUCCAAGCUCAGAUGUACAAUAACCAAUUUCCAAAAUACGACCCGGAGCCAUUUAUCGAAGCUGAUAUAGAACCUCAUGUUACUUCUGACGAUGGACCUAUCAUGUCACCUUGGGUCUGCCAAGCAGCUUUACAGCGCUCCGUAGCCGAGCUUUGUUAUCAUGCUGGAUUUGAAGAACUCCAGCCUAGUGCUCUUGAUGUGAUCACUGAAAUUGCAGGAGACUUUUUCACUAAACUGGUACGGACGGUUAGUGUAUAUAGGGAGACACCAAAAGUUCCUGCAACAGGUUUAGCUGCGGCAGCUGGACAAAGAUGGCAAGAACGGUUCACCGAUGAGGAAGUCCUGCUUCAUGCGCUUAGCGAAAAUGGUCUGGAAGUCGAAAGCUUGGAGGGCUACGUCAAGGAUGAUGUUGAGCGCCAAGGCACAAAGCUUGGGGUCAUGCACGAACGUAUGAAAGCUCAUCUUUCUGAUCUUCUACGGCCUGCUCUUACAGAUGCUGGCACCGACGGGUCAGGGGCUUUUCAUGAUGGAAGUGAACAAUUCGUUGGUGGUGACUUUGCAGAAGAAUUGGGAGAAGAUUUCUUCGGAUUCAAGGCUCUCGGCCUCGACUCAGAAUUUGGGAUGUCAAGUCUCUCAGUACCACUGCAUCUACUGCACGCCAAAAUACAUCGAAGCUAUCCGGGACCUGCGGCAGCAGUACAGUCCGCGGAGAUAUUCCCACCCUUACCUCCGUUGGAGCCAGUCACUCGUGAGAACCUUCAGGACCAAAUUGGCCUUAUCAAAAACUUCUUCCUGGCAAAACUGCAUGCCAACGAUGAUGAGCCUCUUCUCGAAGACGAAGAACUUCCUCCCAAACAACGACCAUCGCGCCCUCGUCUUGGCCCUACAGGGAAGAUCACAAGUCCACGCAAGAGACCUCUAAAAGAGCAAGGCGGAAAUUCGAAGAAGAAGAAGAAGCUUGAUAAUGGCACAGCCAUGGAUACAUCUGCAAAGCCUGGUGGUGUCAAUGGUAGUCCCGAGAAAGGUGGAGCAGCUGCUACAAAGAAAGCGAAGUUAAACCUUCCGAAUGGAAUUUCAAUGGAAAGGGGAGAAAGCGGACAAGGCAGCGUUCAUACAGAGAAAGAUGACACCUCUGCUGUCGGUAUGAUGAGCCCGGAAAGCAUCGAAAGAUGA